AUGUCAUCCAAUUCCUCUUGCGCCUCCUUGGGCGACGAGUCUGAUUCUCCACCUCCUCGCGCUCCGGCGGCAUCGACCUCCAGCAACACCUUGAAGAAGAAUAUUGUGAUGUACUUGAAGGCCAAUAAGGGCAAAGCUCCUGCCAAGCCCACACAGCCACCAACUUCGACGGCUCCACGCUGUAACCCUGCUCCACAAGUCAUGUUGCUGCUUAACCCCAUCAAUCCGGCUCCUGACAUUCCGGAUCCGGCUCCCAUGCCGCUUCCGCAGACACAGCCGCCUCAGAGGCAGGCAGACCCUUUGGUUAACUCGGGUAUGGUCCAUGUGACUGUUCUGAAGAACCAGGCAGACCCAUACGAGGCGAUGAUCGCCUGCCUGCAGAGCCAGUACCUGAGGCCCCGCUCGGAAAGGAGUUUGCGAGCAAGAGUUUGGGCGAGCGCGAGUUUGGGCUACCUCAAAAGGAAAAUCUGA